UUUCACUUCGUUAGUUUUUAUCCGUUUAGUUCAUUAAUACAAAAACUAAAACUUAUUUAACUUUUCUUUCGCGUUUCAUUUCACAAACUAAGUACGUUGUGCCUAGAGCAUAACCAAGCUGACAAAUACUAGAAAGUUUUUCUUAAACUUCCAACAUGCAGUUCUUUGGUGAAUCAUUUUAUUAAAUAUCUAACACCAGUCAUUUUUAGUUAUAAAAUUCCAAAACCCGGCUCUUCUGUCGUUCGCAUCUGAACGACUUCGAUCGUAAACUCACUGUUUUCCAAACACAAUGUCCGCUGUCUUGUACUGUUCUGAAAAAUUGAUCAAUAAUAUUCUCCCGUACUCAUUCUGAUUCGUUGUUUCGUUUUGCUUCAUGCACACGUACUUUAUUACUGAAAUAAAUAGACAGUUGGGUUUUGGGCGGGAGAACUUCAGAGGGUUUCAACAUGCUACAGGUUGUAACAAAUUAAAGUGAUUUAUACCGUAAUAGAAAAUCGAACGCUCACCGCAUCCCUAGAAGCUUUGUAAAUUAAAAUGUCGGAAAAGUGUCGAGAAAACCGUACGCAGAGACCUCUGUUGGUAGCAGAGCCCACAACUUCUGUAAUCCUUGCUUGCAACUUAGUGUUAAUAUUAAGCUGUUCCUGAUGCUUUAGUGGUUAACUUCUGUAAACUAAAAGGUCUAAUAUUGUCAUUUUCACUCGUGCAGAGACAACUAGACGAAAUGUAUUGCGUGCUUUAUAAGCAUCGCGCACAUGGUCGUCCACGUGCAUGGUCCUCGUGUAGCUGUUAAGUGCUCUAUUCGUUGGAUUAUAAUAAAAACUAAAAUUGCCAUGUUCUGUUGUUACAAAAAGGAACAGGAAGUUAGAUUUCAUGGUCGUUCACCAACGCUGUGUUAUCUUAUAUUAAGAUGGCAGGCAAAGCCGAGACUGUACAGACAGAGGUAAGAGGAAAGAAGAUGUUAUCCUCCUUACUUCCUGGGAAUAACUUCCUGUGUGUUAUUUCCAGUAUAUUUUCUUGCAGUGUUUUGGAAUGGACUAGCUUUCUAUAUAAGUGUAUGUUUGUCCUGACAUUAUAUGUCUUCUCAAGACUACCUUUUUUCUUACAGCCACUUCUAUAUGCUAGAAAUCUUUAGGAAGUAUUCAUUUUCUAAAAUUCUACAGAACCUGGUGUCCUAUUGUAAUAAUAAAAAACUACGUGUUGUUUAAAAAUCUUAUUAAUAUAGACCGAGGAGUGAUCACUAUCUGUUGAAACUACCCAUAGAUUUUAAUGAGGAGCAGGGAUUGACGUUACCAUAGUGACAGCAACUGUUCUCUUUACAGAAUAACUUGUUUGUUAAACUACCAGUACACGGUAGGGUUUAAGCCAUACUCUAUUGUUUCCAAAAAAUAUAUAAUUUUGCCGCAACAGGAAUAGAAAAUGCUGUGAAAUAUAUUUGAGCUAAAACAUGUGAAGCCGUUAGUCGCUGUCACGGCAACGUGAACUAUAGCAUCGUAGAAAAAUUACGCAUAAUACGUUGAGCUAGGCAAAACUGUCUACGUUUAUCCAGCCAGACAGGAAUGGCUAGUCCUAGCAAGAUGAUUUUGACGUACAUCCGGUCAUUUUAUUCUCGGAACUCUGUGAAUUCCAGAGCAGACAAGACAACACAGACUUCAGAUUACAGUCCCGAAGAAACACAGUCCACUAGAACAUCCAAAUCUUCGAGUGUUGUUUCACGUUCUCACAGAGGAUCACGCGCAUCACGCGGAAGUUUUGACGUAGAUGAUGGAAGUGGACAAAAUAGAAAUCUCCUGGACGCUACUAGUCCUUCAACUGGCCUGGUUCUACAUUCUAUGCCCCAGCGUCGGGAAUCUUUCCUGUAUAGAUCGGACAGCGAGUUCGAGAUGUCUCCGAAGUCCAUGUCCAGACAUUCGUCUCUUGGUAGUGAGUCACAUGGAGACCAAGAUCUAAUUGUAACACCAUUUGCUCAAAUUCUUCAAAGUUUAAGAAAUGUACGGAAUAACUACAUUACGCUUGCUAAGGUUCCAGCGAGCAAGUCAAGAAGGACCUCACCAAGCAAUAACUCCGCAUCAGUGUCAAACAAACAGCUUACAGAGGAACAGUAUGCAAAGUUAGCAAUAGAAACUCUUGACGAGUUUGACUGGUGUUUAGACCAGCUAGAGACAAUACAAGCACACAGGUCUGUGGGAGACAUGGCAUCUUGUAAGUUCAGAAGGAUGUUAAACAAGGAGCUCAGCCAUUUCUCAGAAUCUAAAUCAGGGAGUCAGAUCUCAGAAUACAUCUUCAGUACAUUUCUAGAUAAGCAACAAGACCUCGAUAUUCCAACAAAGACUGUAGAUGUACAUCACAGCCAACGACCCCAGCACAAGGCAGGGAUUGCAAUGUCUCAGAUCUCUGGGAUUAAAAAGCCUCUGUGUCACACAAAUAGCCUCACAAAGUUACCAAAAUAUGGGGUAGAAACACCACACGAAGAGGAGCUAGGAGAGCUUCUUGAAGAUACAAAUAAGUGGGGAGUAGACAUUUUUGGAAUAACAGAGUAUUCUACACAUCGUCCUCUUACAGCUGUGACAUAUACAAUCUUUAGAGACAGAGAUUUAUUGAAUACCUUCAAGAUUCCAGCAAAAACUUUUAUUAAUUUUCUUCUGACUCUGGAAGACCAUUACCUCAAAGUCCCAUAUCAUAACAGCAUUCAUGCAGCUGAUGUAACUCAGUCAGUCAAUGUUCUGCUACUCUCCCCUGCAUUUGAUUCUGUGUUUAUGGACCUUGAAAUACUCGCUGCUUUGUUUGCUGCUGCUAUUCAUGAUGUGGAUCAUCCAGGAGUAACCAAUCAAUAUCUAGUCAAUACAUUGUCUGAACUGGCAAUAAUGUACAAUGAUGAGUCUGUCUUGGAGAACCACUCUUUAGCUGUUGCUUUUAAGCUGUUACAAGAUGAAAAUUGUAACAUUUUUGAGAGCCUCAACAAAAAGCAACAACAGACACUCAGGAAGGUUUCAAUAGACAUGGUUCUUGCCACUGAUAUGUCCAAGCACAUGAGCCUACUUGCUGAUUUAAAAACCAUGGUGGAAACAAAGAAAGUUUCUGGAACAGGAGUAGUACUUCUCAACAACUACACAGAAAGGAUCCAAGUCCUUCAGAACAUGAUCCACUGCUCUGACCUCAGCAGUCCAACAAAACCACUAGAGAUGUACAAGAAGUGGGUGGACCUGCUUAUGGAAGAGUUCUACCAGCAGGGUGACAAAGAACGUGCACAAGGCCUUGACAUCAGUCCUAUGUGUGACAGGCACAAUGCAACUGUUGAAAAAUCCCAGGUUGGGUUUAUUGAUUACAUUGUUCACCCACUGUGGGAAACUUGGGCUGAUCUUGUCCAUCCUGAUGCACAGGAGAUAUUAGAUACACUAGAGGAGAACAGAGACUGGUAUCAAAACAUGAUCCCUGCCAGCCCCACCACCAGUACUUCUGAUCUCAGUCUUGAUCAGCGAUCUGGUGGAGAUUGUAUCGAUAGCAAUACUAACCAACCACCAAAGUUUCCAAAGUCAUCAGAUAAAAUCAAGUUUCAGAUAACUCUGGAAGAGCCAGAAGAAGAAGACUUGGAGGAAGAAACAUCUACGAAAUGAGAAACCUAACAAAUUUAUAUAUGCUGUUGGAUCAAAAGAAAGUGAAUCUUUGUGAUACAAUAUAGCUGUUUAUGACUUGGUGUACAAAGUGAACUCAGGUGUAUGAGAGAUUACAGUUAAUUAGUGUUUAUUCUCAUCUUGUGGCUAUAAGCUCAGAACUGCUGUAGUAACCUCAAAAAUAAUUGUCACAAGAUGUUCAAUAUCUGACAGAAAGAAAAACCUAUACAAUCUAGUCUUUUGUCUCUAGUGCAGAAUAAAUAAUACUCAGCCAAAUAAUGCUGAAAUGUUAAGUAUGUUGUGUAUAAAAACUCUUGUAAAUUUUUUUUGUACCAAACAGUGUUUUGUGCUUAAUUUUGUGACAGUAUUUGCAACUCCAUUUCAUUCCCCUAAUAUUGAGUUUAAACAUUUCAUGUGUAGGUUUUAUUUUCAACAUAACUGUAACUUAUUAAUAUACAUAUUUCACUGUUUAUAACAAUAUAAAAGUUUAUGGUGUUAGAUGAAAACAUAACUAGUUUCAAUCAGUGUUUGGGCUUCUUACAGAUAGUUGAAUCAGGAAUGUUCAGAAUUUGUAUUAGUGCUUAUUUGUAGAUAGAAACAUUAGUCUUGUGAGCGAAAAAUAAUACAUUGUUAGAGAACUGCUAUUAGUAUAUAAAAAGAGCUAUCUAGAUGAAAUAAGAAACUCCAAUUUUAAAAUACCUUUGCUCCAAAGCAAUGUUGUGGAAGUAUCUUUCUUGCUUAUUUUCUUUUGUGAAAUUUGUAUUCUGAUUUAUAGUAACAGUUUUGUUCAUUAUCUAACUUCUUCAAAUUUGUGUUGCUGAUAACAAAGAACCUGAAUAAAAUUACCUGUGAUACCA